UAAAAUAGUUUUUCGUUAACCUUAUUACAGUUAAGGACACCGAGCAGCACAUUCUCCCAUAAUAAACAAGUCAUCAAAAAUCUUAUCAAUUUUAAAUCUACAAAAAUCUUGUUAUCAUUUCUUUACAUGUAGACAAUGUCAAAAUAAAUGCUAAACUGUUUCUGGACGCUCAUCACAAAAAGUACAGUUAGUGUUAAUGUCUUUUUUGAGUUUCUUCAGGUAACGAUUCGUAGGGUAAUAUUUAUGGAUUUGACCUUUCACUACACUUUUUAAAAAUACAUUUUUAACAAGAUCAGCUUUAAAACCAUCGCUUUCUGAUUAAAUAAUCUUUAUUUCAUAUUCAAUGGGCUAUAUUUUAAACAGAGGAUUAACGUCAAUACAUUACAUCACAUUUAUAUUUUACACUUUCCAUGCUCUAGCACUACUGUUUCCACCAAUCACAGCACCCAAAGGAAACAAUAACGUCAUAUGUGUAUCCUGGGGCCUCCUUCCUUUCAAAAAAAUAAAACGAUUAAAAAAAUAAUGGUGUCGCACCGCCCUUUUAUUUAGCAAUUAGCCAGCAACUACCCCCCCCCCCCAGUGAUUUUAUACCAGCUUUUGAGAUAAUCGACGCCAUUGCUGAGGCCCACGAAGGAUUUGAAAGGUAAUGCAGCUUCUCAAUGACUUGACCGCCUACAUAUAUAUUAGCUAUGUACUCAGCUUUAAAUUGAGCAAUGGUUUGCUUUGUUGCUAAUCAUUUAAUGGCGGCUCCCUCUCCGUCUCCUCGUCGUUGUCGAAGGGAAGGUGGCGGUAUUGCUGACGUCUAUUGACGCGGGUACUUGCGUGCCAGUGACUCGGUAUUACACAAAUUCGCUCAUUGUCCAAAAGCAAAUACAGUGCGAGUCAGCUAGCUACAAGCAAGAAGCCAGGAUGUCUCUGGGGGGCUCUCCUGUGACGGUGGUCCAGCUCCCUGGGGGUCAUUUCCAGGUGCAGGGGGUGAUCCAAUCGUCGGUCAUCCAGUCCCCACAGGUGCAGACUGUUCAGGGCCAGGGCUCAGACAGUGACGACUCCCAGGACUCCUCAGACAGUGGAGCCUCCGCCCAGAAGACCAGAGAGAUACUGGCCAGACGGCCCUCCUACAGAAAGAUCCUCAAUGAGCUGUCUGCUGAGGAGGUGGCGUCACGGAACGAGGGAGAGGAUGACAACCCUGCUUCCUCUGGCAUGACCACAGUGACAGUGCCCAACACCCAGACAAUCUACCAGACCAGCAGCGGCCAGUACAUUACCAUCGCCCCUAACGGCACCAUUCAACUGGCCAACCCGGGGUCAGAGAGUCUUCAGGGCUUACAGACUCUCACCAUGACCAACUCAGGCCAACAGCAGGGCACCACCAUCCUACAUUAUGCCCAGACGCCCGACGGACAGCAGCUACUCGUGCCCAGCAACCAGGUGGUCGUACAGAGUGCAGGAGGAGAGAUGCAGACGUACCAGAUCCGCACGGCGCCCACAGCGCAACAGACUGUGGUCAUGACUUCCCCUGUAGGAAUGUCUGAGCAGAAGACUGGCGACCCCACCAUGAAGAGAGAGAUCCGACUCGCUAAGAACAGGGAAGCGGCCCGUGAGUGUCGCAGGAAGAAGAAGGAAUACGUCAAGUGUCUGGAGAACCGUGUGGCCGUGCUGGAGAACCAGAACAAGACUCUCAUUGAGGAACUCAAGACGUUAAAGGACCUGUACCAUGUCAAAACAGGAUAACCAGGAGGACAAGAAGAGAAGCCGGCCAGCAAGCAAGACUUUUACCGUCAGCGAGCGGCUUUGUUCUGCCACAUGGACAACGCGAGGUUAACCGGGAACACCUUUAAUUUCAGACCUGAAAUCAUCCUCCUCAGUUUGUGUUUUAUACUGUUUGUUUUAACAAACACGGUGGCCAUGGUGUUCCAUAUAAAAGACAAUGAAAAGAGUGUGAAAGAGAGGUCUGUUUUUAAUCAGAACUCUUUUUAUUGAGCUAACAGAUUGGAUAACCAAUGCUUAAUGUUUAUUCGUGUAUAUUUUGUGAGCACAUGGAAGGUGUGAAUUUUGAGCAUAAUCAUUGACAAUCAAUUUCCAAUUGUGUCCCCCUUUACCAGAAUCCACAUUUUCCUUUAUUUAUUUUUUUAAAGUGUAGCAGUGGGCUCAAUCUGCUGUUUUUAACAUCAAACAAUUAUCAGCUGAAUUGUUAUUGUUUGAUGACCUCAUGGUGUGAUUCAUGUGUCUUAUGUGAACCAGCUAUUUUCACCCCACACCCCUUUUUCCCCCAUGAGGAAAUGUUAUAAGUCUCAUUCCUUACCCUUUUAAGUGGUAUUUGAUAAGAUUGUCUUAGUAACAGCUAAUUCAGCUUUACAUAAUCUAUCAGGGAGAACACACAAUGUCAGGGUAAUAUUUAUUUUAUAUUUCUGGGGGCAAAUCAAAUGAAAAGAGGGAAAGCAAUGUCACUCAUUCAGUAAAUGGAAAUAAAUAUUUUUCCAAAUGUU